CAGAAACUCCAUCUCCAAUCCCUCGCAUUUCACUUGCUUUGACUCCAGCAAUCCCGUCAUCCCUCCGACAACCGACCACCACCACCACAUCGCCAGCCUCGUCGCCCACCUCCCUUUCCUUGAUCAAUUAUACCAAUGCUUUGAAUAUCUUGUUGCGAUUCCUUUUUUCAAUCAUUGCUUGGAGUUUUUAGCUUUCCGCAUCGCCCUUCCCCUCUCGAACCCGGUUUGUUGACUUUUGGCGCCAAAGUAAACAAACAGCAAAAAUGGCAAUGCGCAAGGCACCACGUCUGCCCGUCGGCUCGGCAGCAUGGGUCGCAGAAGAGCGCGCAUCUGCGGUCAAGGUCGCAGAAGAGGAAGUGGAAGAGUUCUCGUAUGCUGCGCGCAAUGAGAUGGAUUGGCUGAACGAGCACAUGGAGGAUAUCUUUUCGGGCGAGAACCAAAUGAACAUCGCCGAAAUCUUCAAAACACCAGCGCGACCACGAGGCAAGACGCCACGAACAAUUCGCAAAGCACCAAAUACCGAAGUUCGAGUGCAGCCCUUGGCCAGCAUCUUCUCAGCCACUCCCCAAGGAACACCGAAUCCCUUCGUUCUCGCCCCGCCCGCAAAUAACUCGUCAUGGACGCCCAAGAUCAGGCCCGAUACGCCUGAAGCGGAUGCCGAAGCUGAUGACGAAGCCGAUGUCCCCAAGAAUCCCACGACUCCCUCGACGCGCCGUGUGAGCCCCCGAAAAUCAUUUGUUGCCUCAGCUGCAAAGUCGCCAAGCCCAGUCAAGAGCAUCGCCGCGCCAUCACGACAACCGAGCCCAGUCAAGCCGAACAACACGCCUAUGCGACCACCCGCGAGUCCAGCAAAGCCAGUCGCUGCUACCCCGUCGAAAGUCAGAAGCCCGAUCAAACAUCUCAAUGGCUCCCCCCUGCCAAUCCUUUCCAAGUCGCCUACCCCCGUCAAGGCCACCGAUUCUGGAUAUUAUGGCAGUCAGCAGCUGGAUAUUAUGGAUGUUGACGAGGUCGAGAAGGUCGCCGAUGUCGAUGUCGAUAUGGGAGAACCAGCGCACGAGCCGACGGUGGAAUUCACUCAGCAGUCAACACAGGAGCCGUCACAACGACCAUCGCAGGAGCCCACACAGGAGCAGACAGAGGAUCUAAUACGGCCGUCACAGGAGCUUAACCAGGAACCGACGCAGGAGGAACCAGAGCAGGAGAUUGAGUCACAGGAUCUUGGACUUCAACCAGCCCCCACUGAACCGGAGGAGCACGCCAGUCCCGUACCCCAGGAGACAGUCGAACUACCGGAAACGACCCAGCCUUCAAAAGAGACUGUUGAACCCACUAUUCAAUAUCCUCAUCUGCCCUCACCCGAGCUUGAUGUUGCUAGGUCUAGUAGCCCAGUCCAUAUGCUCGUCCCGUCGCCCACCAAGUCUAUCCAUGCGCCUUCCCCGAAGAAGGCUGCCUCGCCGGUUAAGGCACUCUCGCCCCAAAAGCUUGCAUCACCAGAAAAGCGUCUUUCCCCCGAGAAGAGGAUUUCCCCGGACAAGAUGGCGUCCCCUCAGAAGGCUCCUUCGCCAGAAAAGAUUCCCUCCCCUGUGAAGACCAUGGAGAUCGAAGAGGAGGAAUUGCCUGUGGAUAGGGCUUCCCCGGAAAAAGCGGCUUCUCCGACAAAGACUGCGCCCCCUCUCGUCCUGUCACCCAAGAAGAAAUCGCCGGAGAAGGCAACAGUUGUUGAGCAGCAACCUAAGACUCCGGCGCCCUUUGCACACCCCCAACCUGAAGAGGAUAAUGCGGACGACCAAGCGGACGACAAGGUGAACGAUGACGCCAACUCAUCCAUGGAAGUCUCUAGCCCCAUUAGCCCGGUUAAGCGCCUGAGCAGUCUGAACUUUGCAUCGCUUCCCGCACGCGAACCGAUGACCUCUAAGAAGAGCCUCGGUAAUAGGAUGUCGAGGACUAGCCAUGUCGACGUAACGCGAACCUCAUUCUACCAUCGCCAGACUGGAGGAAAGAGUCUUGGCCAUACUACCCGACAGGAUUUCGAUGAUGACGACGAUGAGAUGGACAUCGAUGGUGAUCACACUCAGGAACCCAGGACGGCUAAAUCAUACACUCAGCGAUUGCAGGAUCAGAUCAGCAUGUUGGGCAAGGGACAGGCAAUGGGACCGAGACCAUCGAAAUCGAUAGCUCACCUCUUGCCGGCACAACAACCUGCAUCCACUUCACAGGCACCAACGACACAGCCCGUUCCGGAGCCCACCAAAUCCUCACCCAAGAAGCCACCUGUGGUUACUCCAAGGGCAUUUCCCACACCUGGAGCAUUCCCGCUGGACGACGAUGAUGACUGGAUUGGACCUCCUAGCAAGGGAGCGGAUAUGUCCACCCCCAUGGUGUGGAACGCGCGCAAAGACACACGGCUAAGUCAGCCAAUGGAAGGAAUGAACCUCUUCGCAAGGGAGGCAUCCCCGACCCUUGGAGAAUCCUUCAUGGAGAACAGGCACGACUCACCAAGUAAAGCGCCCGUCAUCCAGGAACCACCUGCUACUUCUUCAGCACAUAUCAAAUCGGCUUCUGUUCCCAUGCUACCGAACUUGAACGAGCUUUCCGUGCCAAAGACCUCCAGCCCCAAGAAGGAGGCAUCUGCGUCUACUUCCAACCUCCACAAAAUGCCAGCGGACGAACCUGCUUCGCCCUUCAAGUCUCCCUCCAAGGUAUUCCGCGAGAACACGUUGGAAAGGGUCAAGAACAAGUUUUCCUCCCUUAUGAAAUCAUCCAAGGGAUUUCUCCCGACUAGUGCACCUUCCAAUGCGGAAGCAAAACUGACCGGGCUCUUCACAACUCCUUCAACUGCUCGACUGGAAGAACACCCCAGUUUAUCCGAAGCUUCCUUCAAGACAGCCGAUAAUGUCGUCUAUCCUGAUCUAUCUCACCAUGUACAGCCCGAGGCUCCCGUAGCCGCCACCCCCAUUCGACCGACGAGAAAAACCCGAGCGUCGACCGAGAGGGAAAGAAAGGAGGCCGAGGAAAGGGAGAAGGAAAAGAAGAGGGAAGAGAAGGAAGCCAAGCAAUAUGCCAAGCAGAACGAGAAAUUUGAGAAGAUGCGUGAGAAGGAGGCGGAAAAGGCCCGUCUCUUCCAACAAGAGCAAGAGAGACAGGCAGAGAUGGAGAGACGCGCUGCUGAACAGAGGGAGCAGGAACAACAAAAGAAGGAACAGGAAAAGCUUACCAAGGCACGACCACAGUCCAAGCAGUUGUUCGAGACACCAGGACCUUCGAAAUCGGCACCUAAGAGCCCCAAGAAAGCUACUCGGACUAGUCUUCGCAGAGGAGCCAAGCAGGGUGAUGCCGAAAAGGAGGAAGCCGAUGUCGAUAUGGGAGACGUUACUAUCUCUACGAAGCCGCCUCAGUCUAUUCCCCGGCCCCCGUCUGCUCAAGCGUCUCGUGGAACAGGCAUCAAGCGACCUGUUAGGCCCACGAAGGAGGCAUUGACGAGGGCCAAGCCCGCCCCGACUCGCAUCCGCGUCAACACCACCAGCUCCCAACAGGGAGCAUUCCACACUUCCACCAACAGUGUUCUCAGCACCACCAGCCAGGAGAGCCUAGGUCAGUCGCACGGAAGGCAGCAACUCGUGAGCAAGGCCAGCACGUCUUCGCUCACCAAGAAGCCUUCCCUUCAGAGUCUUAAGGGGUCUUAUUCUUCGACUGUCGGGCGGCCCAAAGCCUUGGAGCUAGCGGCCAAGCAGAAGGAGCAAGAGGAGCGCGAGAUCCAGCGCAGACGUGAUCAGAAGGCGGAAAAUGAGCGCAAGAGGGCUGAGAUGAAGGAGGAAGAGCAGCGCAAGCAAGCUGCGGCAGCUAAGAAGGCCGCGAUUGAGCAAGCUAAGCGGACUCGCGCACCUCCCCCGCCCCCAAGGUCCCAGCCUAAUGGUCCUCCGGAUCACUUGGCGGAGAGCAGGCAACCGUCGAGACCUAAUUCUCGUCUUGGGUCGACGCUGCAUGAUAGUCGACCAGUUAAUGCUGUUCUGGGGAAGGCGGCUUCGAAGCGUCCUUUGACGCAAGUUCAGGAGGCGCAUCAGGACUCGAAGCGGAUUCGGGUGUCUGAGGACUUUGAUGCGGAUAUCGAGAUGGCUGAGGGUAGCACCCAGCAGCAGAGGAGCAUCAGGGGGGCGCCAGUCCGUCCUUCUGCUGUGAGACCUUCGGGGGUAAGACCUUCAGCGGCUGUUAGACAACCCUCGGUUGGGUUCAAGAAGGACUUGGCCACUACUACCACGAGCAAGUCGAUUUUCGCCUCCAACUACAACAACGUCCCGCAUGCUCCUCCCCCUCCAUCGCGGACAGUCGACCUCUUCAAGAAGACAACAGUCAACCAAAUCAAGACCGGCCACGCCCUGGACACCGCCCAAUUCCAAAAGGGCAACCACAUCCCCUUUGCCUCCAACCCCAACGGCGCCGGUCCUUCCACCGCUCAGGCCGGAUCUUCCCGCCAUCCGCUCCAAACCCCAGCGCGUCCGGGUGCUACUGCCGCCCGCGCACUGGCCCUCACCUCCGCCACCAAACCCACCCGCACCUCUCCCCGCCUCGCCGCCAUCGCCGCCGGCGACUCCAUCGAGCUCCCCGAGAUCCAGACGGACGACGAAGACGGCGUCGACACGCCUCGCCCGUCCACCUCCAACCCCAACCUGCGGUCUUCCCUGAACGGUGGCAACUGGACCGACAGUCCCUACCUCAAAGCGCAGCUCUUGGCACAAGAGCAGCUCGAUCCGAUGGUCAUUUUCGGACCCCCUGCGCCGCUCAACAUGGAGGAGGUGUUUAGCAAGGACAAGAGCAGACAUCAUCGGUUCAGGGCCAGGACGAGCAGCGCGAAUUGGGAAGGACAGGAUCGGUUGACGGAGGAGGAGGUGUGUAGGGAUCGCGAGGCGAGGGAGAGGAUGAGGAAGGAGGGGGGGUGGAGUUGGGGGCUGGGGAGGACGUUAGGUUAGUGUUAUGGAGUGUGACAGAGAGAAGGGUUGUAUUGAUAUUGUUUUUGCACAUUUUCACUGUUGGAGUUGGGAUAUGGGCUUCUUUGCCAGCAGCGUUAACUUCCGGAUGAGAAGGCUGCGGUAUCGGGAAGGAAAGGGUAUAGCAUCUUUUUAGGUUGAGAAUAGGAUGGUUCUCAUGUUCAUUCUGGAGGGUUGAAUAACGGCUCUUUGCAUAGAUGUUAGGACUAGGGAUCUGUAUCAUGGCAUUCAUGAAGGUCAUUAGGCUUUACCAGGUUCAGGAAAAACUGGAGUUUAGCUUAUGGUUAGAGUAUGAUCAAUGAACCUUUUACACAUUG